GUAGAUGCAGCAGAAAGGUUUGCUGUGUGCUCCUGAGGACUGCAAAUCCAAGUGUCUUUAGUCCUGGUUGAGAAAAGGUCUUUUGUUCAAUACUAAUAUGUGCUCCAUCACACAGCGAUCCUGAUUCACUGCUGCAGUGAAGACACUCUCACAGGAAUUCACCAAUAAAUAAUGUGAUUAUUUCCAUCAUCCUACAAUUGAAGAAAGAAAGAUCGUGGUAUAGAAACAACUCCAAGUGUAACCACUGAAGUCUAUGGAUAUACUAUUAUAAAAAUGCAGUGUGUUAAAGAAGAGUUUAAAGAGGAGAGUGAAGACAUCAGUAUUACAGAAUCAUGCAGAAUGAAACAUGAAGAUACUGAAGAACAAAGAGACUUGACUGAAGUAAAAGAGGAAAGGCAAGAACUGAAUGAUGUGGAGGAGAAACAUUAUAAAUCUGAUCAUUUCAGCACCGUUGAAGAUUCAUUGAGUGGCUCAAAAACUGAAACGAAUUUCUCACUAAAAAGAACUCGAAGAACAAGAGCCAAAAAAUCUUUCACCUGCUCUCACUGUGGAAAGAGUUUUGUAUGUAAUGCAGAUAUUCAGCGUCACAUGAGAAUUCACACUGGAGAAAAGCCGUUUAUAUGCUUGCAGUGUGGGAAGAGAUUCACACAAGCAGCACAUCUUGAGGUUCACAUGAAAAUUCACACUGGAGAGAAGCCUUUCACCUGCCAUCAAUGUGGAAAGAGUUUUACACAUAAAGGAAGUCUUCAACGUCACAUGAUAAUACACACUGGAGAGAAGCCUUUCACAUGCUCUCAAUGUGGAAAGAGUUUCACGCAACCAAGCCAUCUCAGAAUUCAUCAACAAUGUCAUUCUGGAUUUAAGCCUUUUAACUGUGAUCAGUGUGGCAAGACAUUUAUGUGGGCAUCAAAUCUAAAGGUACACCUGACAUCUCAUACAAAUAUGAAGCCUCACGUGUGUUCUUUUUGUGGAAAGAGUUUUGUGAAAUCAGGAAAUCUGAAAACACAUGAGAGAGUUCACACUGGAGAGAAGCCGUUCCACUGUACUUCAUGUGGGAAGAGUUUUGCACAUAAAGGAGAUCUUCAGCGUCACAUGAGAAUUCACACUGGAGAGAAGCCUUUCACCUGCCUUCAGUGUGGAAAGAGUUUCACACAACCAAGCCACCUCAGAGGUCAUCAACAAUAUCAUUCUGGAUUAAAACCGUUUAUCUGUGAUCAGUGUGGCAAGACUUUUACUAGGGCAUCAAAUCUAAAGUUACACCUGACAUCUCAUGCAAAUGAGAGAUCUCACAAGUGUUCUAUUUGUGGACAGACUUUUGUUGCAUCAGAGAACCUGAAAAACCAUGAAAGAGUGCAUACUGGAGAGAAGCCGUUCAAAUGCACUUCAUGUGGGAAGAGUUUUGCACAUAAAAGAUAUCUUAAGCAACACAUCAGAAUUCACACCGAAGAGCAGCCUUUCACCUGAAAUCACAUCUUUUUCUCUACAUAUUGGCAUCGAUGCAUUUUUGUCCAGCAAAAACUGAGCUUUUCAAAAAUGCUCUCCCAAGUGGAUAAAUGUGAAAAUGCCUUCUUCAGGUUGUAGUGUGGACAGGGAAAACAAAUGGAGUGUUCUACUUGAACUGCAUCUCGAUUUGCCGGUUGCAGUCUGAGAAGUUGAACACUUGUGCUUCUCAUCAUCUGCUGAAGCCACACCAGUCACGGAAGAUCACGUGAUGUUUGCUUUAUUGCAGACGAAGUUGAAUUCAGAUAGACAGAUGUUUGAAUUUUACAUAAAAUAACCAGAAACAUUGUUUAUUUGAAAAGAUUAUGUUCUGUUUACAGUGCCAGUUGUUUGUAUAAGAAGA